AUGAGUAACUAUGGCUUAUCCAUGGUGUCGAUUGCUGGCCCCAGUAAACAUGAUUGUGGUUAUUGUAAGGGAAAAGACACUUCAAUAUCGUUUGGUAUUUGGGCUCAUUCCAUGACUUGUGCUGAUUAUCAAGACUUAAUUGAUAGAGGGUGGAGAAGGUCAGGAAAGUAUUUAUAUAAACCUGAUCUCGAAAAGAGUUGUUGUCCACAGUAUACUAUCAGACUUGAUGCGACAAAAUUCAAUAUGACAAAAAACCAAAAGAAAGUUCUGCAUAAAUUUAAUCGAUACGUGAUAGGAAAUUGUAAAGCAGAGCUUCCUGCGAAGAAACCAGCGAAUUAUGUGCAGGUAAAGUCAUUGCAAGACUCUAUACAUGAGCCGGAAGAACAGGAAGUAAAUGAACAUAAAUUAGAGAUUGUGUUGGAGCCAUCAUCAUUCACUAAAGAAAAAUUUGCUCUGUAUGCCAAAUACCAAGUGAGCAUCCAUCAUGACUUGGAAGAAGAUGUAUCAGAAUCCGGAUUUACUAGAUUUUUAGUUGAUUCUCCCUUAAAGACCAAUAACGAAAGUGAUUUUGGAUCAUUUCACCAAAAAUAUACAGUAGAUGGAAAGUUGAUUGCUUUGGCAGUAAUUGAUAUUCUACCCAAAUGCAUAUCAUCAGUUUACUUUAUGUAUGAUCCAGAUUAUUCAUUUCUAGGACUGGGAAAAUACAGUGCGUUUAGAGAGAUAUGUCUCGUGCAAGAAUACAACAAGAAGUUCUCUGACUUGAAGUAUUAUUAUAUGGGCUUUUAUAUCCAUACUUGUCCAAAGAUGAACUAUAAGGGUAAAUAUUCACCCUCUGAUUUACUUGAUCCAGUCAGCUAUAAGUGGUAUCCGAUUGAAAACUUCAAAAGUAAACUGGACGAGACCUCUUUUGUGACAUUUGAUCCAAUAGAAAGAGAUUAUCCACCUGGCUGGUUAGAUCCCAAAAGCUUGAAAGAGAAGGAAUUAGAGAAUGUGUUUGUGCUUAUUGGUGAUGGUAGAAUUGCACCUAUCAUACAUAUUGUUAAAUUUAGGACUUCCAAAUCAUUCAAGAAAAACAUUUUGGAUUAUGUAUGCUCUGUUGGACUGGAGCUAGCGCAUAAAAUGAUUAUUUGCUAA